AUGCAGCUACUAGCCUUUGCGUUAUCGUUCGUGCUCUUCUUCAAGGCGAUUGUGCUCGCCGCAGACCCGCAGAUCACCCGCAAGGUCUACUUCGACAUCCAGCACGGCGACAAAGAGGUGGGCCGCAUCGUCGUGGGCCUGUACGGUGCCACCACGCCCAAGACGGCCGACAACUUCUAUGAAUUGACCAUCUCGCAGGACCCUGCCAUGGGCUACCUCGGCUCCAUCUUCCACCGCGUCAUCCCACAGUUCAUGAUCCAGGGCGGUGACUUCACCGACGGCACCGGCGUCGGCGGGAAGUCGAUCUACGGUGCCAGCUUUCCCGACGAGAACUUCGACGUCAAGCACGACAGGCCCGGCAGGCUCUCGAUGGCCAACCGGGGCAAGGACACCAACGGCUCGCAGUUCUUCAUCACCACCGUGGCCACCCCAUGGCUCGACGGCAGACAUGUGGUGUUCGGCGAGGUCCUCGAGGGCAUGGACGUCGUCCACUACAUCGAGAACGUCCCCAGAGACAGCAGAGACGCUCCGCUGGAGAAAGUUGUCAUCGCCGCGUGCGGCGAAGCCGAGACCGUACCACUGGACAACCAGACCGUCCAGCACGCCCAAGAGAAGGCCCGCGACGAGCUCUGA